GCGGGGACCCCUUCCAACAUUGUUUCAAACAAUUCCCAUCUGGCUGCAGAUAUCGACCGAGCUGGCUGCGAGAUGCCCUCUGUGCAACCGCCGCUAAUAACUCGAGCGGCCUGUGUUGUCUCCCCUCGUUCGGCACGCAGUGCCGCGGUGAAAUUCAUUCAAUUUCGGUCACCUUUUCGUCGGGCCUCCCCUCCUCCCCAUCAGGUCACCGCGUUAGUAGUGCGCGUACAGCGUCCGGUAUCGUUUCGGGGACUGGCCGACGCGAACUCGACCGACCGUAAUCGGCGACCGCGCAAUUGCGCACACGAUCCAGGUGUCCAGCUGCAACUGGUGGCGUUUGUUAGGUUAGGACGCGACCGACAGAGGAUGCAUCGCGCUGGAAAAUCGCCCGGUGAAAGUGCGCGCCGUUGGGAAUUCCGACAAAGCGAAGGCCGGCGCCGCCACUACUCGCAAACGCCAUGAAGUGAGUGGCGUUUCAGGAAUAAACGUCCCGUGAUAAGCUUCAUUUGAAGGAGGCGUCGACGGCGACGGUUUUUCCCCAGAGUAAAUUUGUAAAUUUGAUUGAACAAACCAAUCACAACGGUCAUGGCAGAGGACGAAGGCACCGAGUGGCUUCAGGAGCUGCUACACGAUGUGCAACUGCCCCAGUUCUUUACGAGGAUCCGGGACGAUCUGCAGGUCACUCGCCUGCAUCACUUUGAUUACGUUCAGGCCGAGGACCUGGAAAAGAUCGGCCUCGGUAAGCCUGGCGUCAGGCGACUGUUGGAUGCAGUCAAGAAGAGACGCAGCACCCAGUGGAAGAAAAGUCUGAUCACUAAGAUCAGGCCUGGCGGCAGUACCAAGAGCAACAAGCGGUCCUCCCAACCCAUCGAGACUUCCUCGAUGCUGACGUGUCUCAUACAGGAAAAGGACGUGACCCUGUCGAUCAAACUGGGCGACGGCAGCUUCGGUGUGGUGAGAAGAGGCGAGUGGACCUCCCCCUCGGGACGGGCUUUUCCUGUCGCUGUAAAAGUCCUCAAGGCGGAUGCUCUGACGCAGCCGAACGUUAUAGAAGACUUCGUUUCUGAGGUGCAGGCGAUGCACACUCUGGAUCAUCACAAUCUUAUUCGUCUGUACGGUGUGGUGUUGUCGCAACCGAUGAUGAUGGUGACCGAGCUCGCACCUCUGGGCGCGUUGCUGGAUUACUUGCGCCAGCAGUGCAGCAGAAUCUCGGUCCUGACGCUCUGCAACUACGCGCUGCAGGUCGCCACGGGUAUGGCGUACCUGGAAGCGAAACGUUUCCUACAUCGUGACCUGGCGUGCAGAAACGUCUUGCUGAGCACCAUCGACAAAAUCAAAAUCGGAGACUUCGGACUGAUGAGGGCGCUUCCUCAGCAAGAGGACUGCUACGUUAUGACUGAACAUAAGAAGGUGCCUUUCCCUUGGUGCGCGCCCGAAUCCCUCAAAGCCCGGCAGUUCAGCCACGCGUCGGACGUCUGGAUGUUCGGCGUGACGUUGUGGGAAAUGCUGACCUUCGGAGAGGAGCCUUGGCUAGGCUUGAACGGCUCGGAGAUCCUGCGGAAGAUCGACCGGGAAGGCGAGCGGCUUUACGAGCCGGAAGCGACCCCGCCGUUCAUAUACGAACUGAUGCUUCGCUGCUGGUCGAAGGAGCCUUCGGACAGGCCGACGUUCGCCUCGUUGAAGGAAUCCUUGACCGGUAUGAUGCCGGCCGUGAUGAAAGCCGUGAGUGCCUUCGAGGAGGCCGGCAAGAUGUCCAUCGAGCCGAGCGACCAAAUCGUCAUCAUCGAUGGACGCUCGGAGAACUACUGGUGGAAAGGGCAGAACCAGCGUACUUUCCAGGUGGCGCACUUCCCACGCUGCCUGGUGGACCCGAUGCGCCGGAAGCAGCCGGAGGACAUCAGCAAACCGUUGGAGAAUUCAUUCAUCCACACAGGCCACGGGGCGCCGUUCGGCAAGAGCUGGGGCAGCCCUUCGUUCAUCGACGACGUGUACCUGAGGAACCCCAUGGAUCCUCCGGACAUACUGGUGGCGUCUUCAGCGGAGAACCAGUCGAAGAAGCGGUUCUCCUGCGGCACGCAACGUGCCAGGAAACAAUUCAACUACACCAAACUCCGUAACGACGCGAGAUCCAGCCCCGUGAAAGUUCCCCAGGCGGCGUCCGUCUCGGCAAGCAACCAAGAAGGCACCUUGAUCGACCUGUCCGCCGAGGAGCUGGCGAACACGAGCAGCCUCGAGCAGGACGUCGCGUGUAGGCGAGUGAUUAACAUUCUGGACGAGCCGAUCGACGCCGAGAGAUUUCCCUGGCAGAAUGAAAAGGGCGCCAGGACGUACGCAAACUUCCCCAACGUGGACCCCGCGUACUCCGACCCCUUCGACACGUCCGCGGUGUUCAUGAAGCCUCCGCAUUCGCGAUACUACAGUCACGUGCCCACCGAUACUAAUCGCUACAUGCAGACGUACAGCAACGUGGACGGCCAGGAGGCGUCGGGUAGCCAAGGCGCCGCGAAUUGCUUCGGCUCUGACACGGAGGAGAUUCGCCAAUAUUCGGUGAACCUGAACAAGGACAGCCAGCAGGACGCGGUGAAUCUGAACGUGAACGCGGAGAGCGAAGAGGCCGCGAGUCACUACAGCGAGAUAGACAAGGCUAGUCCGAACUGGUCCACGUGGCCGGAGGAUCUACGGAACUCCGCCAGCGCGCAAACGUACGCCAACGUCUCCGCCAGCGGAGUCCCGUCGUCGUCGUCGUUCGUCACAGCUGCCACACCGCCUCCUCCGCCUUCCGUCGGCCCGAACGCCAGCCCGCCGAAGCCCAAGUCCAAUUGCGAGCUCGCUCAGAGCAUGAACGAGCUGUCGCUGAGUUCCAAGUCCGGUACCGUCGCGAAGAAGUUGGACCCGGUGUUCUUGGCCGAGCUGGAGAAACACCUGGGCGAGAAAGAGGCGAGCAAGAACACCAACGCCAGCGGGGAGAGCCAGGAGGAAGCGUCCGGCGCGAAUUACCUUCGCUACUCAUCGUUGGACAAGCUGCGGCAAGGCUCGCCGGCUCAGCUUUCCCCAGCCGCGGCGGAGGACAGAUCGUCCUCGCUGAUACCGGCGUUAAAGCCUCCGCCGCAGGUGUCGAAGCCGAGGUCGCCGGUGGCGAUGAUGGAUCAUCGGGGAGCGUCCUCCUCGUCGCCGACGCCUCUACCCGUACUCUGCAAGGUGCAGAACUCUUGGCCACCGAAGAGCACGAACGUCCCACGACCGGCCGUCCAGCAGAACGAUCAACGCUUGGAGUCGACCACUGAUGCGAUAGUGGGACAAAUCUGGCAGCAGACGCAGAUGCUGCCCCAGCAGGGCGUUAUUCACCCGACAGCCGAUCUCGCUCGUCAAACAUUCACGCCCAGCGUUGCCGCGCAGGCGAGCGUGAACCUGCUCCAAGAGGUUCCCGGCGACCUUCCUAGUAACAGUGCCAAUGAGGCCGUUCGACACGGUCCCUGCAACGUGGCCAAGGCCACGCUCAGUCAGGCGCAAGCCUGCUCGUCGAACACUCCGUCGAAUUACCUAUCUGCGAACCUAAGUUCGUCGAACGCUUCCGGCCAGGAUGCCUUCAACCUGCUGCAGAUUGUCACCGGCAACGUUUCUGCGAACGGUACCAACGAAGCCCAAUAUGUUUCCAAAGGCAACUUCAAGCAGACGCAAGUCUGCUCGUCGACCGGCCAAAAUUACCUUCACAACCCGUCGACGAGCGGCACCAUCGGCGGCUUUAACCUGCUUCAGACCGUCAAUCAGAUUCCCGUCGCGAACGAGUCCCAGUAUGGGCCCUGCAACAUUUCCAAGGCCACCUCCAACCAGGCGCAAGCUGCCUGCUCGUCGUUAAGCCAUAAUUACUUGGGAAAUGUUGCGACGACCGUUAAUCAGAGCGGCAAUUUUGCCGCGCAUCAGAGCGCGCCGGUGUCGUCCAACGUGUCGAGCAACGCUCAUGGGAUCACCCACAUACAGAACGAUUUGCAGCAACAGCAGCAUACCAAGUCCACCGGGCUCUUUUACGAACAAGUGUACGCCGAGUUGAAACAAAACGUACCUAAUCUGGAUCAACUGUCUCAGAACGAGUUCAAUACUCUCUACAACAAGACUGUCCAGCAGAACAUUCUCCGGAACUACUAUUCCCACAAUCUGUGCAGCGAGCCGAGCCAAACUCACGCUCAAGAAACCGUCAGCGGUCAGCAGCAGAAGAGCAGCAUCGGCAGGAGUCAGCAGCCUGUUCAAGGGCACUUUUGCGAUUUCAGCCCUUAUUUGAAGCAGCCGCCGAUUUACAAUCCUCCGCCUCCGCCGGCAAUGAGCCCGCUGAAAUCCGGUGCGAACGGUUACGUGCAGAAUCACUGUCCCACGGCGAAGUGCAACCUGAUCCAGCCGAAUCUGCUGCAGGCCGAAACGUCGGGCAGGAGCGCGUCCGGGCCGAUGGCGACGAGCGACGCCGCCAAGGUGAACUUGCAGAUGCUCGGUCAAUAUCAGCAGCACCACCCGGUCGGCACCAGUCCGCCACUCACCGCAGCGUCGCAGCAAUUGGUGAUGUCAUUGAACGACGAGUUCAGGGCCAGCAGGGUCAUGAGGGUGCAGAGAGAAGCCGCGGACGCCUCGCAGCAGGAGGUGCUGGCCGCGCUGCAGGCGACCGGCUGGGACACCAGCCAAGCGGCCAAGCAGAUCACGACGGACAGGCAGGCGAAGGUCGAGAAUCUCGUGAGGUUGGGCUUGGCUAGUCGGCAGCAGUGCGAGAGCGCUUUGAAGCAGACUGAAUACGACGUAGAAAUGGCGGCUUCGUUACUGCUCGAUCAAGCCAGAUGAGGAACAGCCGUAAUCAAUUCCACGUCCUAAGACUUCCUGUGACAUUAGCUAUUAACUGCGCAAUGCGGAUAUAUAUAUACAUACAUACAUACACGGAGAUUUAUUUAUGGAACAAUGAAACGCAACAAACGGAAGCCAUUUCGCCCGAAAGCGAAGCUCUGCCAGUAAUCAUUCAUAUA